UCCUGGGUCGGCAGCCGCCUGCGCUGCCGCUGCUGGUCUCCCUACAUUGGGGAAGAAAGGUGGUGGGAACAGGAGCCACACGAACAUCGCCCACUACCUGCUGCUCUGACGUCACGUGGGAAGGUCCUGGGUAGAGUGGGAGAAAAUGUGGGGCGGAGCUCAGACUCCUUCCAAGAGGAGACCGGGCUUCCUGGCAGGACAGAGACUAGUGGGAGCCCCUAGGCUAGGAGUUGACCAUCAGGUCCGGAGCUGACCUCGCCCUGACUUAGAACGUGAACAAUUCGGGGUCAGACGGGCAGCCUGUGGCCAAGGACGAGGCUCAGGGGGUCAGGAGAGGAGGCGUGGGAGCAGGAAGCACAGGGAGGAAGUAGACCCGAGAUGGUCCCUCUGGAGACGGAGGAGGACGAGCUGGAUCCGAGUGCUGUGAACCACGGCCCGCUCUCUCACCCUCCACCUCGUUCCGAUAAAUAAUUGAAAAGUAAAAGCAGAACAAGCAGGGCUAGUGUGCAGCACUCUCCGAGACCACGUGCCCGCUUGGGUGGUCUGGGCGAGGAGCCUGUCACCUCCACCUCUGCCCACUCCACCCCGCCCUUCUCAGUUUCCGUCCUGUAGGGUCUGAGCCUGUCACUGCCCGUUGGCCUCCCGCCCGCGGACCGGACGGGCCCUCCGUUCUGGAUGAUGUCGGAACAGGACCUGGCGGACGUGGUUCAGAUUGCCGUUGGAGACUUGAGUCCCGAUCACCCAGUUGUCUUGGAGAAUCAUGUUGUGACCGACGAGGAGGAGCCCUCUCUGAAACGCCCACGCCUGGAGAUAAACUGCCAGGAUCCCUCCAUAAAGUCCUUCCUGUACUCCAUCAACCAGACAAUCUGCUUGCGGCUGGACGGCAUCGAAGCCAAGCUGCAAGCACUGGAGGCCACGUGCCGGUCGCUGGAGGAGAAGCUGGACCUGGUCACCAACAAGCAGCACAGCCCCAUCCAGGUGCCCAUGGUGGCCGGCUCCCCGCUCGGGGCCACGCAGACCUGCAACAAAGUGCGAUGCGUCGUCCCCCAGACCACCGUGAUCCUCAACAACGACCGGCAGAGCGCGCUCGUCGCCAAGAUGGACGACCCCCUGGGCAGCAGGGCACCGGACCCCCUGGAGAGCAGCAUCAGCACUGCGGUGCCCGGGCGUCGGCAGAACACCAUCGUGGUGAAGGUGCCUGGGCAGGAGGACAGCCACAACGAGGACGGGGAGAGCGGGUCCGAGGCCAGUGACUCCGUGUCCACCUGUGGGCAGUCGGGCAGCCAGAACAUUGGCAGCAACGUCACCCUCAUCACGCUCAACGCCGAAGAGGACUUCCCCAACGGGACCUGGCUAGGUGACGAGAACAACCCCGAGAUGCGCGUGCGCUGUGCCAUCCUGCCCUCCGACAUGCUGCACAUCAGCACCAACUGCCGCACGGCCGAGAAGAUGGCGCUGACGCUGCUUGACUACCUCUUCCACCGAGAGGUGCAGGCCGUGUCCAACCUCUCCGGCCAGGGCAAGCACGGCAAGAAGCAGCUUGACCCGCUCACGAUCUACGGCAUCCGCUGCCACCUCUUCCAUAAGUUCGGCAUCACGGAGUCGGACUGGUACCGCAUCAAGCAGAGUAUAGACUCCAAGUGCCGGACCGCCUGGCGGCGGAAGCAGCGGGGCCAGAGCCUGGCCGUCAAGAGCUUCUCCCGCAGAGCCCCGUCCUCCUCCUCCUACGGCGCCUCAGAGACGAUCCUGAGCAGCCCACCGCCUGGCAGCGAGCUGGCACAGCCCCAACCGCAGGCCCUGCACUACGCCCUGGCCAACGCCCAGCAGGUGCAGAUCCACCAGAUCAGCGAGGAUGGGCAGGUCCAAGUAAUCCCACAGGGCCACCUCCACAUCGCCCAGGUGCCGCAGGGAGAGCAGGUGCAGAUCACGCAGGACAGCGAGGGCAACUUGCAGAUACAUCACGUCGGCCAGGAUGGGCAGGUGCUGCAGGGUGCCCAGCUGAUUGCCGUGGCCUCCUCGGACCCCGCUGCGGCUGGCGUCGACGGCUCGUCUCUGCAGGGCAGUGAUAUCCAGGUCCAGUAUGUGCAGCUGGCUCCAGUGACCGACCACACAGCCGCCACACAGACGGCCGAGGGUCUGCAGCCGGACAUGCAGCUGGAGCACGGCGCCAUCCAGAUCCAGUGAGGGCCCGCCGUGCCCGUGCCCACCACACUGCUCCCGAGGGCCCGCUGCG